AUGGCGGAAGAUAAUAGCCAGAACGCCUUCGAACUCAGUGAUGUCGCAACUGCAAGGACUGGCGAGUUUGGCGACGACAGUACCACGCAGCACACACAGGCUCUACCACCUGCGGACGGCGGAAAAGCAGCGUGGAGACUCCUCGUGGCUGCAUUUGUCUUCGAGGCUCUGCUAUGGGGCUUUCCUCUGUCUUUUGGUGUCUUCCAGAAUUACUAUUCGCAGCUUCCGCAGUUCAAAGACUCGCCGUACAUUGCCGUCGUCGGAACGAUCGCUUCUGGGAUGUCGUAUCUGGCUGCUCCGGUCAUCAUCCCGUUCAUCCGGCGCUUCUCGAGGUAUCGGCAGCUGAUGAUUUGGGUUGGUUGGCCGAUAUGUCUUCUCGGCCUUGCAGCGGGCUCAUUUGCUCGGUCCCUGGGCGCACUGAUCGUUACUCAAGGCGUCAUGUACGGCUUGGGCUUUAUCAUCUUCUAUUACCCCAUCCUCAGCAUGGUCAAUGAGUUCUGGAUCGUUCGACGAGGCAUGGCGUACGGUCUUCUUUGUAGUGCAUCUGGAGUGUCGGGUGCCGCUAUGCCGUUCAUCGUGGAGGAGCUUCUGCAGAAGUACGGAUACCCGACGACCUUGAGAGCAAUCGCCGUUGGCCUGUUUGUGGUCACUGGGCCGCUGAUUCCCUUCUUCAAAGGACGACUGCCGGAGACAGAGACAAGUUCUGGAGGUCGGACCGACUGGAGCUUCCUCAAGGUACCACUGUUUUGGACAUACAGCGUCUCGAACCUGGCCAUGGGCUUGGGGUACUUUUUCCCGUCCCUGUACAUCCCGUCGUACGCUUCCGCCAACGGUCUGAGCACGACCCAAGGAGCUAUCCUGCUAGCUGUGAUGAGCGUCGCACAGGUCCUGGGCCAGGCUUCCUUUGGCUGGCUCUCUGACCGCCGCAUGUCUUUGAACAUUCUCGCAAUGGCAUCAACAGCCAUCGCAGGCGCAGCAGCUUAUGCCUGUUGGGGGCUUGCACACUCAUUCAAAUUGCUCAUCGUCUUCUCGCUUAUAUACGGCUUCUUCGGUGCCGGGUAUACAGCGCUCUGGGGUCGAAUGGGCACCUCGAUCAGCAGUGAACCCACCGCUGCUUUCACCGCUUUUGGGCUGCUCAACUUCGGCAAAGGUAUUGGCAACGUGCUCGCUGGACCGAUUAGUGGUGCUCUUCUUAAAAGUAAGAUUAAUAUGCAUCACUAUGGAAGUGUGAGGUACGAGACAGUGGUGCUUUUCACGGGCUCGUGUAUGGCGUUGAGUGCGCUGGUGAUACCUCUGUGUUACUUGAAAAGGUCGAGGCACCAUAUCUCGUAG